AUGGUAGAAUGUGGAUUUGACUCACAGAGAGUGCAUCAAAGAACAGUUUCCAGAUACCUUAACCGAAACGGCUUCUACAUGAGGCAAGCAAGGAAGAAGGGACUUUUAAAUGACAAAGAUAAACGACUCAGACUUUCCUACGCGCGUGAAAUGACAAGAGUUUUACGUGACCACCCGGAUUACUACACUAAUCACGUGGCUUUCUAUCUGGACGCAGUAUCGUUUGUACACAAGAACGACCCUCGUAAGGCAGCAAUUCAACCGAAAUCGCGAGUGUGGAGAAAGAAAGGGGAAGGGCUUGCCGUCACUGCGAAAGGCAGCAAAACUCUGGCAGGUGGGAGACGCCUUCAUGUUCUUGCAGCCAUCGCUUGGGGCAAGGGUAUCAUCCUCAGCAAGGUCUACGAUAAAAUGAACGGUGAUUUUUUCGCAGAAUUUGUCCAAAAUAACUUUAAUUUGUGUUUUGGAAAAGCAGGACCUAAAACCGGAAGAAAGAGAUUGUUUGUUAUGGACAAUGAUCCUUGCCAAACAAGCAAAAAAGCCAUGUUAGCUUUAACGCAGAUUGAGUGCAAUCUUCAUCGCAUUCCACCGCGUUCUCCAGAUAUUAAUCCUAUCGAGAACGUGUUUCAUUUGGUGAAAAAAAUACUGCACAGGGAAGCGAUAGAAAAGAAUAUCACUAAAGAAUCCUUUGAUGCAUUUAAGACGCGUGUCCUGCGUUGUCUCAACACAUUUAAAAUCACGACCAUUGACAAAACAAUUGGGAGCAUGCCAAAACGAAUUGAGGAAAUUAGAUCCUCAAGAGGGAAAAGAUCGAAAUACUGA